AGAGUACUGUGCAGAGGUGUGGGGUUGAGAGUACUGUGCAGAGGUGUGGGGUUGAGAGUACUGUGCAGAGGUGUGGGGUUGAGAGUGCUGUGCAGAGGUGUGGGGUUGAGAGUACAGUGCAGAGGUGUGGGGUUGAGAGUGCUGUGCAGAGGUGUGGGGUUGAGAGUACAGUGCAGAAAUGUGAGACUUGUGACCGCGCUCAAGCACUGUUGGGUUAUUUCGGGCUCUUCAGCUUUGACCUUUUUUCAGCCCUGCGGCUUCUCGUCUGAACUUUUGUGUCUCCAUGGCGACCGUCGCUGUUCCUGCCCCCUCCACCUCGCUGUGGUGCCAGCCCUUACUCUUCCAGCUCUGCUCCUUUACCUCAAGUGAACCUGAUCAUGCCUGUGCCUCACCUGUGAAACCUGGUCAUACCUGUGCCUCACCUGUGAAUCAUGAUCAUGCCUGUGCCUCACCUGUGAAACAUGGUCAUGCCUGUGCCUCACCUGUGAAACCUGGUCUUAACUGCAUGCAGCUCACCUGUUCACCUCACCCUCAUACCUGGGUCUGGCCUGUGAGCCUGGUCAUCCCUGUGCCUCACCUUUGAACCUGGUCACACCUGCGCCUCACUUCUAGACCUGGUCAUAUUUGUGCCACCACUGUGAACCCCAGCAUACUGGAGCAAUGCUUAAACCAAGUCAUACCAGUGUGUUGAAGGUGUGACUGAUCACCCACGUUUGUCAGAUUUCAUACCAGAAGUUACCUACAUUUUGAAACCCACAUGGAACUCCUGUUGUUGGUUAUCCUUAUUGUUGUUCUUAUCGCCUUAUUUUACAUUGAGGGGAUGCUGAUUGUAAUUUUAAUUUUCCAGUGUUCGCAGAAAUAGGACAAUAUCUUUGCUUGUUUUUCUCCCCGUGUGGAAAAGCACAGUUGGACUUUAAGUUUUCAUGUUCAUUGUCUAACUGUGGAAACCAUCUGGUGUCUCAUUGCAUCUUUUGAUUGCCUUCUUUCUGCAGUAUGACGUGCUCAUUAUAUUUGACUUCAUUUCUCGUUUCGCCCUCCGGAAGACUGGAUCUCUCCCACCUUCAUACGCUAGUGCUUGAAGCCCACAUUUCCACGUAGCCGUGUUUCUUCAUGCGAGUGGUGCAUUAAAUUGUAGUCUCUAUGGUCAGUGGGCCGUCAUGCUCUGGCUUCAUUAGUUGCCUGUUGCUGAUGGGAGUUGUAGUCCAAGAAUUGGCUCAUCUCCCUCACUGCCAGCACUGGACCUAGUCAACCAUCAGCAAGCAGGUGAUGCUGCCUCUAAUUAGGCUGCCCAUGAAACAUUUUGGCUCCACAGGCUGGGACUACAUCUGGAGCAGUGAGAGGGGUAGAAAACUAAAAGAGAAAACCAGGCCGCGUUUAUCAUCCUUGGUAACACUGCACUGACCACGAGCCACAGGAUAGCAACCCCUCUUUCAUUGUGACAUCACAUUUCAAGAGCUUUCAGCUCCUGCAUACUUGGCCUGCAGGCCUCUACGCACAGUGUCUACACGUACAUUCACACCCACCCAAAUGCCUGCUAAAAACUCAACCUGUCUAAUGGAAAUGCUAGGAGUGUUGUAUGUAUAUAAUCCCUGGUUGAUGUCAGGUUUUAUUUUUAUUAUUUUUUUCGGGGGGAGGGGUGGGCGAGCUGAGGCGAGGGGAGGGACAGGGGAAGGGGCUUAUGCUAUUUUUUAAAUCAAUGUGUGUGGCGACUGGAGUCAUUCAGCGAUCUUUAAAUCACCUGGUUGGCUCUUGUUACUCACUGAGUGCUACCAUAUCAGCCUAUCCAAUAGUAUACAGAUCAGUGGAUCUGCACAGACUUGAUUUUUCAGAAAAAGCUGCUGGUCAAUGCCAGUUUGACCCAGUGUUAUGGAACUGGAAUAUCUUAGUUUGGAACAUCCUUAGUUUAUUUUUUGUUAUUUCUUUUAGUUAUGUCUAACAGAGUAGCAGUUUUGUAACAUAUUUAAUGUAAUUAUUUAAAAAAUGUACAUUUUAUAUUAAAAUGUGAUGCUGUGUUUAAAAGAAAAUGGAGUUUUCUUUGCAUAAUUUUGAAUUUUCACUCAGCGGACACCUUUUCUUUUUUCUAUAAUCUUUUGCCUUUUGUGGAAAAAUGAUUACAGAAAAUGAAAGUAGUAGUUGUCUUGAGAAUUGUGCUAACCGAUUGAAAAUUCUUAAAUAAUAAAUGUUAAUUCUUUGUAAUAUGAAUAUCUGUUUCUGAUCCCUCCAGUCACGAGUUCUUCGGUCUAAUCCCUUUGCGCACAGAAGCGCGCGCGCACGCGAAUGCAGCUUGAUCUGUGGUGCGGCGUUAGUUAUUUCAACGGUGCCUUUUAAAAAACGAGACUCCCUAGCGUUGUAUUCGAAGCCUGAGGUAUGAGAGUGCGGUUGGAGGGCAGGAUACUCUGCGUAACGCAUGGGCUACUUGUGCGCACGCAAGUCAAGUGCAGCUGUGACUUCCAUAGAGUUCAUUAGAGUCGCACACCAUGAUGACGCCGAGAUUUUUGGAAUAGAGGAGAACGGGGUAUGUACAUCUCUACGCAACAGCAUAGAAACGUGCAACGACCACUAUGUGACUACUUGUAGUUCUACAAUCUCGACUAAUUAUUUCUGCGCUCACUAGCGAUGCUAUAUAUAUAUGCGCUGUUUUAACUGUACAAUCAUGUAAUAAUAUCACUGAUAUAGUGGUUGCUGCUUGUUUUCCCCUUGGCUUAAAUUAGUCCUUAUCAUUUAGAUUUAUUGCACUCGAUUUCCCCGUAGCGGACGCAGGUGUGGGUCUGUCGAGCAGUUCCCAUGGAGACAUCACGCGAAAAUGGGAUCGCUGUAUUGAGGAUGGAAUAAUCUAAAACGCCGAGGAAAGAAAAAAAAGAAUUACGCAAUUGCAAUUUUCCACACACACGCGAAAUGCAUAAAAUGGCGUGGGGAUUGUAAUUUUAAUUACAAAUUCAGGCUGCUAAUGAGAACGCAAGGGCAGGAGGAUUAUAAUAAUGAAAAAAGAAGAUUACAAACACAUUCCUUGCGGCAGUGCAUAUUGAGAGACUACUACCCGCCGGGUUUAGUUCUGCGUUGCGCGUGGCUUUCCGCUAGUUCGAGGUUGGUGAAAGUUGGGAGCGUUUAAUCACUGCCUAUGUAUUCUGUGUUUGAUUGGACAGUGAUUCAGAGUAUGUGGGCAAGUAAGGGAAACCGAUUGGGGCAUACUGAGGUUAGGAACUAAUAACGCGCCUUGAUCUCUGAAGAAAAGUGCAGUGUCGUUUCUGGAAAUAUAUUGGGAAUAUGUUAUUGGAUGUUAGUAAUUACAGAUUCGGUAACUGUCGUCUUUAUACAUGCAUCAACCUGUCUCAAUACGAAAAAAAACAAGCUAAUUUAAAAUAUUAUCCACAGACCGCGGCUCCCCAACUGUGAGUCAAGACCCACUGGAGGGUCAUGAGAGGGGCUGAGACAUGUCCGUGGAUACUCAGCAACACCACAGGGGCGAUCGGAGGAGAAGGAGCGACAAGCGGCCAGCCCCCAGCCCGGGGAACGAGGGAGAGCGAGAGUCACAGCGCCCCCUGCUGUCAGGGCGGUGACAUCGUGUCUCAGGGAUCUGGGACGGGAAGCGAGACGCGUGCAUGCGGGGCAGGGGAGGGGGACCGGGACGGUGCAGGGGAAACGCUGGGGUGUGACUCGGAGGAGUGGGAGGAUCAGCAGCGCCGCCCGCUGGCCCAGCAGGGUACUGCAGGCGAGCCGAAGGAUGGCGAGGAGCAGCCGGUGGCGCCGGAUGGGGGAUGGGGCUGGGUGGUGCUGGGCGCCACCGUCAUGGUGCUCGCCCUCACCCUGGCCUUCCCCACCUGCAUCGGCAUCUUUUACAACGACCUGCAGAACGAGUUCCAGGCCAGCAACACUGAAACGUCCUGGGUGCCUUCCAUAAUGACCGCAGUACUGCAUGCUGGAGGCCCCCUGUGCAGCGUAUUGGUGGAGCGCUACGGCUGCCGGCCGACCGUGAUGGUGGGCGGAGUCCUCAGCGGCCUGGGGAUGGCGGCCAGCUCCUUCACCCGCACCGUCACCGAGCUGUACGUCACCGCCGGCUUCAUCACAGGGCUCGGGUGCUGUUUCUCCUUCCAGCCGGCCGUGACGAUCAUGGGGCACUACUUCGUCCGGCGGCGAGCCUUCGCCAACGCCAUGUCGUCCACGGGCACGGCGCUGGGGCUCUGCGCGCUGCCGCUCCUGGCCGACUUCCUGCUGGCGCGGCUGGGCUGGCGCGGCAGCUUCCUGGUGCUGGGCGGGCUCCUGCUCAACUGCUGCGUGUGCGGGGCCGUCAUGAGGCCCCUGCGGGACCCCCGCCGCCGCCGCCGCCGCUGGGACCCACCCGACGCCUGCCCGACGCCGCGGGACGCGGGGGGGCUGAAGGGGGGGGUGCGGGCGGCCCUCGACGCCCUGGUGGCCUUCCUGCGCCAGCACAUGGCCUUCGACCUGUUCCUCAGCAACCGGCGCUACCGCGCGUACGCGCUGGGCGUGGCCUGGAUGAUGCUGGGCUUCGUGGUGCCGCUGGUGUACCUGGUGCCGUACGCCACGGCGCAGGGGGUGGAGCCGGGCCGGGCGGCGCUGCUGCUCUCCGCGCUGGGCUUCGUCAACGUGUUCGCGCGCCCGCUGGCCGGCCUGCUCCUGGGCCUGCCCCGCUUCCAGGGCCGCGGCGUCUACCCCUACGCCUUCGGCGCCGCCCUGCUGGCCAACGGGCUGAGCGACUGCGCGUGCUCGGCGGCGGCCGGCUUCCCGGCGCUGCUGGCGUACGCGGUGGCGUUCGGCCUGUCCAUGAGCGUGGUGGGCUCCCUGCUCUUCACCGUGCUCAUGGACAUCGUGGGGAUGAGCCGCUUCCCAGCCGCCCUCGGCCUGCUCAGCACCAUGGAGAGCGUCACCCUCCUGCUGGGCCCCCCGCUCGCAGGGAUGCUGGUGGACGGCACGGGGCAGUACGCCUACGUCUUCUACGCCUGCAGCGCCUCGGUCUCCUCCGCCGCCCUCUUCCUCGUGGGGUCCUUCUAUUGGCUGGACAGACAGAGAGGUGGGGAGGAGACGCAAGCCCCUCCCCCUUCCAGGCCAGAUGCCACACCCUCACGGGGCUGGCAGUACCGCAGCGUGCCUACAGAGGGAGGGGCAGGGGGAGGAGUUUACCCGGAGAGGGCGGAGUUCAUGUAUGUCACGAGUGUGUGAGUGGCCCAUGAACACAUGGGAGCCCUCUUAACUUCCAGGCCGGCAUGCUGGCACAUAUGACAGAAGUGCACACAAGCGUGCACACACACACACACACCACAUAUACACUCAUUACAGAAAUACACAUAAUACAUGCACACACACGUACAUAUAAAAGAACCAUGGAUGCUUACAUGACACGCACACACACACACAUGCAUUCCACUUACAUGUGAAAAGCGCAUGUACACACACACACACACACACAUUGUGAGUGCAGAAAGCCAGAAUCCUGACUUGAUAAAGACACAUGCUUCAAAUGAACACAUGCUUGAGUACUGAAAGACACAAAUAUAAUUACUCCUCUUGAUCUCCUACUUUCCAUUUCCCUUUCUAAAGAAACGGCUGGUGCUGCUUCAGUUUUAAAUACAGGUGGAGCUGCCUGCCUCUCAGGCUGACCUGAGUUCACAUGUAACCGAGCUUUUGCUCUUUAGGGAAUAUGAAUAUGAACAUGAACACGGCCUCACUCUGCAGCCCUGAAUAUGCUGCAGUAAUGUUGAGUGGCAUAAGUGUCUUUAGUCUGGUGUCUGUUCUUCUGUUCAUAUUUUACGUUAAAAACCAAAUGUGUUCACUACGGUAUCCUCUCCAAAGUUAUUCAUGCCAUUGAUAAAGAUCACCAAGAAAGUUGUAUGCUCAAAAACAAUAUAAUAAUAUUCUUUUUAAAAAAAGAAUACUAUUCUUUCAUAUCAAUGCAAAAAAAAAAAAAACAAUAUUGAGAACAACCAACAAAAAUAAGCAUCUGGAGUUGAAUAGUCAAAGAUCCCCCCCCCCCAAUAUAUUCACCAAUCCCAGAAAACACUGGUAGAUAAGUGAAGAAAGUUCUGAAGAGAGUACACCAAGUAUUUUUUUAAAAAGUGAAUAUUUGACACGCUUUGUAAAUUAUGAAUUGAAAAGUGCUAUUUUGGCUGAUUCCAUUGAGUCGUUUUUAAAGUAGAAUAUUUACACAUGGCCGAGGUUUAAAGUGUAGCCGAUUGCUUGUGUUAUUUAUCUUACACGAUAUUUCUUUUGUUAAUCUUCACCAGGAGUGUGCAUCCUUUUUGCAGGGUGCUGUAUUACCACAGCCAGUGCCAGGAGACGCACACACGCACAAUGGAAGGAACUGAGCAUACUUUACAUUGCAUAUACUAACUUAUAGAACAUGUUCACACAUAUAUAUAUAUAUAUAUAUUUUUUUUUUUUUUUUAGAAUGAUCUUUAUCAGAUUAUUUUGCAUUUCUGAAGUGCCUAUCAUCAAGACAAUUUUUUGAAAAAGGAUACCGUGUUACUCGCAGUAAUUGGCAGCGUCGGAUUAGUUUCGAGAGUUAAAGGAGCGCGUGGAGUUUAGUGUCCGUGGCGGGUUUCCUUUGUGCCUCCGCAGUGACUUCGCCGAAGUUCUGACGAUGUUUUUGAAUCGCUGCUGCAUCGCACUGACACUCGCUGCACCGUGCAAGCAAUGCUGUACGCGCGCUGUGCGCUAAGGAACCGCGCAGUGCGAAUGCGAUGUGGUUUGGACCGACGGUGGUCUGCCGAUGGUGUGUCAGCACGGUCCGCAAGCUUUGUUUUGUGUUUUUAGAUGUAGCAGUGAUGACCAGCCCUGGGUCAAAUACGUAUUUGUUUCGGAUUCAAAUACUUUUCUGUGCUCUGUUGAUCUUGCGUGGUGUAAUUGAGCCUGCCAGUAUGCCCAGAAGGCGGGGUGUUUGCACUUUUUGAGAGUAUUUCUUUGGUUCCAAUACACCACACAAGAUCAGUAAAGAAGUAUUUGAAUCUAAAACAAAUAUGUAUUUGACCAGGGUCUGGUGAUGACAGAGGUAAUGUGAUGAAAAGGACAUAUUUAAAAUGUAUUUUAUUAGUGAAUUCUAUUGCACUGGAAUAAAAUAGUUAAUUUUGAUAAAGGAUUUAUUCAUGGAAAUAAUAUUUAACUGUAUUAAAGUUGUGAUUUAAA